GCGCAGCCCCAAAUACGCUUCCUGCCCCAGUGACACCAGGGCGCAUUGGAGACGGUGCUGCGCCGCGACACCACUGUUCAGGGGUUGAAGGGAUCUGGAGAAGAAAUGCCAGCUGCAUACAUCACUAUUCCUUUCCUUUUUUGGAGAGCCUGACAAGAACUCUACCAAAAGAAACUAAGCGUUUUCGGCUUUGCGUAAAAUCAGCCGUCUUGUUGUUGUUUAGAAGUGAGUGCUUCAGAAAGAAUAGCAUCAUGUACACGUUCCUGCCUGAAAGCUUCAACCCGGUGAAGCCGAAGCCAUCCAAGGAGCUGAAGCCAAUGAUCGGUGCAGUCAUCGUCGGGCUGAUCUUGUUCAUUGCGGCGGUGGUGGCGUGGUGCUACUACACGGCAUCUCUCAGGAAGGCGGAGCGACUAAAGACGGAAUUGAUGGACCUGAGGAAGGAUGGGUUCAUCAUCAAAAACACCAAUGGGGAGGUGGUCUUCAGACUGGCCUUCCAGUCGGGCACCCUCGACCUGGAGUCCUGCUCGAAAGAAGGGGAAAUUUUAACCUGCACCAGGUCAGACAGAGGGAAGCUGAAUUUCUUCAUUCAGACAGUCAAGCCCAAGGACACGGUGAUGUGCUACCGCGUCCGCUGGGAGGAGUUUGUGGCGGACACGGUGGUCGAGCACACCAUGUUUUGGGAGGACGCUCACUGGUACGGGGGCUGUGAAAUGAGCGUCCAGCACUGGCCAAUCAGACUCCCAGGGUACCAGGAGCCCAUGCCGUUUGUGACGAGUGACGUGUAUUCCUUCAGGGGCAGCUUUGGAGGCAUCUUGGAAAGGUACUGGCUGUCCUCGAAAGCGGCGGCUAUAAAGAUUAAUGACUCGGUGCCCUUCCACCUGGGGUUUAACGCCAGUGAACGGUCGCUCUUCUUUCAAGCCAGGUAUAAGGAUUCUCCCUACAAACCUCCCCUUGGGCAACAGCCUUUCCCGGAGCUGAGCUACCGUGUCUGCGUCGGCUCGGAUGUGACCUCCAUUCACAAAUACAUGGUGCGCAGGUACUUUAACAAGCCUUCUAAGAUCCCAGCAGAAAACGCCUUCCGGUACCCCAUCUGGUCUACGUGGGCUCUGUAUAAAAAUGAUAUUGACCAGGAUAAGCUGUUGCGUUUUGCAGAAAAGAUUAAAAAGUACCGGUUUAAUUGCAGCCAUAUUGAAAUCGACGACACCUACACACAAACUUAUGGCGAUUUUGACUUUGAUCCGGUAAAGUUCCCUAAUGUGACAGAAAUGUUCAAAACGCUGAAAAAAGAGGGAUUUAAAGUUACCCUGUGGACUCAUCCCUUUAUAAACUACAAUUCUUCCAAUUUUGGAGUGGGGAUAGAGCGGCAGCUCUUUAUCAAGGAGCCGACGGGGAAACUUCCUGCGAUGGUGAAGUGGUGGAACGGCAUUGGCGCCAUAUUGGAUUUUACCAAUCCCACAGCCAGGGAGUGGUUUCAGAGCCACCUGAAACAACUGCGGUCGAAGUACGGCAUAGCGUCCUUUAAAUUUGACGCUGGUGAGGUGAGCUACCUUCCAAAGCAGUUCAGCAGCUUCAGGCCCUUGUCGGAUCCCAGCAUCUGGUCCAGACGGUACACGGAAAUGGCCAUUCCGUUCUACGAGCUCGCUGAAGUCAGAGUCGGCUACCAGUCUCAAAACAUCUCGUGCUUCUUCCGUAUCAUCGACCGCGACUCGGUUUGGGGCUAUGAGCUUGGCCUCAAGUCCCUGAUCCCUACCGUGCUCACCAUUAGCAUGCUGGGAUACCCUUUCAUUUCAGCUGAUAUGAUUGGUGGGAAUUUUUUCCCCAACAAGACAGAAGGUGCUGUUGAAAUCCCGGACCAGGAGCUGUACAUCCGCUGGCUGGAGCUUUCAGCCUUCAUGCCCUCUAUGCAGUUCUCCAUACCCCCCUGGCUCUAUGACAAGGAAGUGAUUGAGAUUGCACAGAAGUUCACAGAGCUGCAUGAGUCCCUGGUUGCCCCUCUGCUGUUGGAGCUGGCUGGAGAGGUCACUGACACGGGCGACCCCAUCAUACGGCCCAUCUGGUGGAUUUCUCCCAGGGAUGAAUUUGCUCACAAGAUUGACUCCCAGUUCCUCAUUGGGGAUACCCUCAUGGUGGCCCCUGUCCUGGAGCUGGGCAAGCAAGAGCGAGAUGUGUACCUCCCGGCCGGCAAAUGGCGCAGUUACAAAGGGGAGCUGUUUGAGAAGACCCCAGUCCUGUUAACAGACUAUCCCGUUGACUUGGACGAAGUUGCUUAUUUCCUCUGGGUAUCUUAAUAGGCUCCUCUAUCCACUCUGAUCUUUGUGAUAACCAUGCCUUACUUUAGAAUCUUAAAACAAGUAACAAUUCUAAAUGCACAGUAUGUUUCUUUGGGAGGGGGGUACUGGAGGGGAAUGGGAAGUAACAGGAUUUUGUUUUUUAAAUAUCCUAUAUCUUGUCCAUAAUUGACGCUCCAGUUUGGGCAGUGGUGUAAAUGCAGAAGGUAUAAUAGCAUAACACGAUUCAUACAGGAAGCCAAGGCCUUUUCAAAUCUCUGAGCUCCAAAGGUAAAAACACCCCUGGGUUUUUAGCUGUGCAGCAUGUGGGGUUUUUUUUAUUAUUAUUUUAUUUCUCCUUUAGAAACGUGGCCCCUGGGGGGCCUACAAUAUUUGCCAUAAACCCCUCUUUUAGGUGCAGCCUAUGAAUCCAAAUCCCAUAGUGCAAUGCUCCAUCUUGAGCUCAAUGAAAGGCUGCCUGCUUCAAUAGGAAGCAAUGCAUGCUGGGGGCCGUAGUUUCUGGGCCACACCUCUCCCCAUAGUGAGUGCUGCUGCAAUCUGCUCCGUUUUAAUGCAAAUAAAAUGCACUCUUGGAGUUGUUGCAAGUUGCAGCGGAACAAAGGGAGGACCGCCCUGAUCCCAGGGGCGAAAGCAAUGUUGGAAGGGAACAGGGAAUGAUUCGAACACGGGAAGCAAUGGGUUACUACAGCACAACUAGCCUUACAUUUUAUAAUGUGGCAAAUAUUAUUUAAAAAUGACUUUUUUAAGAGGAUAAAUCUAGCUAUAUAUUUUAUUCCUUAGUCCAGCAUUGGACUGGACCUCAAAUGCCCAACCCCUCAUCUCUCUCGAGUACCAGGCUGGCCAAGGUAUUUGACUUACCUGCAAGUAUUUUAACUGUAUGUUACUUACCCGGGCAGGCUGCAUUAUUCUGUCCUAGCCUGUUGCUAAUAUCUACCGGAAGGGUCUCCUCCUAGAGCACGGACUCUGCUUUUAACACUAUUCCUCAUAGAGCAACAACAUUUGUACUGUGUAUUUUCUUUCCAGGGAGUAAAAUAGGUUUCUUUGUUACACACCUAUCCUGCAGAUACUUCUCUUUCCCCUUUUAAAGAUGUGCUUGCAGCUUGGUUAUUUGUCAGAGGAAUUGCCAGAAGCAAAAUAACCUCUCAAAAUGUGCAUGUGACACUCCCCAGAGACUGCAGGUGCCUGCCCGCCGCACACAAACAGAUCCACCAGCUUUGCUGCCGACCAAUGUAUCAAUAUGAAAAGCAAUGACGUUUGCACUGAACAGGGCUGUGCCGAUGGGGCUUUUUCAUUGUUUCCAAGGAAAGGUUAUGGUAUUCAUAGUCCAGUUAAGCUAGUAUUGCAUGGCAGUCUCUUUUAACUGUCUCAAUUUUAGCUAAAGUUUCUUGGGCCAGUUUUUCUUUGUUUGUUGCUAUUUUUAAAAAGCCCAACACUCACUAGCUCUCACGUAGGCACCUAAUGAAGUGGCUCAGUGGAAGCCAUUGAGUGCUGAGCACAUUGGAAAACUUGGCCCCAUGUAAUUUACUGUCACUCUAGAAGUAGGAAAUCUGAAGUUUUGGCCUGAAGGUAUAAUGCAAUUCUAACCUACCUGUGAGUGUGUGUUACCCAUUGUCCUCUGUACCUGAGCCAGGGCCACCCGGGGCCGGUGGGGGGGGGCAAGUGGGGCAGUUUGCCCUGGGCUCUGUAGGGGGCCCCCAUGAGAAUAUAAUAUUGCAACUUUUUUUUAU